CCUUCAAUGGUUGCUACGGCAACUUCGUAUUGAUAACAACUCAUGGCCAAUGGCCGUGUUCAAAAUUUUUGUGUUUACUGUCAUUGUGUCAACUUGUAAUGUGUACGGGAAAGAAAUCGCUUUAUCGAUCAAACAUUUAUAGUUAACAGUGCCCUAAAUGUGAAGUUGCAGUAGCCGCUGCAGAGAUGUUUAAAAACACAUUUCAGUCCGGUUUCCUCUCGAUUCUUUACAGCAUUGGCAGCAAACCUUUGCAAAUAUGGGACAAGAAGGUGCGAAAUGGUCACAUAAAGAGGAUUACGGACAACGACAUUCAAAGUCUGGUGCUAGAAAUUGUCGGAACCAACGUUAGCACCACGUAUAUAACAUGUCCUGCAGACCCCAAGAAGACGCUCGGCAUCAAACUACCAUUCUUAGUUAUGAUUAUUAAGAACCUGAAAAAGUACUUCACUUUCGAAGUCCAGGUUUUGGACGACAAAAAUGUACGACGGAGGUUCAGAGCAAGUAACUAUCAGUCAACUACUCGUGUGAAACCAUUCAUUUGCACCAUGCCGAUGCGUCUUGAUGAAGGCUGGAACCAAAUACAAUUUAACCUGGCUGAUUUCACCCGGAGAGCUUAUGGAACUAAUUAUGUAGAAACACUCAGGGUCCAGAUCCAUGCAAACUGUAGAAUAAGGAGAGUUUACUUCUCCGAUAGAUUGUACUCUGAGGAUGAGCUGCCAGCAGAGUUCAAACUAUUCCUACCCAUACAGAAUAAGGCAAAAGCAACAGUAGCUACUUAAUAAACAAAUCUAGUAAAAACAAUCGUCUUGGUAACCGACAGAUGGUAAUUACUAUAGUAAAAUAGGCAUACCUAUAAGUUUAUUUUUUUGUAUAAUGACACUAACUGAGACAGUGCACCACUUAUUUGAUAUGCAUCAUUUUGUUGUAACUGUGUGACAAAUAUAAAAGCAUAACAAAAA